AUGCUGCCAUCGAUCAUUUUAGUUGUGUUCUACUCAGUGCUAAAGGUUCACAGCUCUAAUAACAAUUUAAUCAAAUACGAAGUGGCUUUUGAAAGCUCAAACAAUGUGCAAACAUUAUCAAGAACCGUUAUAAACGCUAACAGCGACUUCUUCAGGGUUACUAUUAAAGAAAAUUUGCCCGAACUACGCAAAGGCAUGUUAAACAUAACACAGCUUGAAAAUCUCCAAAUGAAUAACGUCAACUUACAAUACAUGGAAACAGGAGUUUUUGAUAACCAAAACAUUAGCCACAUUUCACUUGUGGGUAACAAAUUGACCAGGAUCCAGUCGAAAAUGUUUAACAAUCUUCCAACAAAAACUCUGUACUUAGGCGACAAUGAAAUUACCGUUAUUGAGAAAGGGGCAUUUAUGAACAUGCUACAACUGUACAUGCUGAUAUUAUCCGAAAAUAAGCUUACUCAGAUUAGUUCUGGUUAUUUUGUCAACACUCCCCACAUAUCUAUUUUGGACAUUGGUUUUAACCGGAUAACAAAAAUUGAAGAAGGGUGUUUUGGUUUUAUGACCGAAGAAGAUCUCACCAUUAGAAUUAAUCAUAACGCAGUUGAUGAAAUUCAUCCUACAGGGUUUGAAAAUUUGAACAUAAUGCAGCUUUGUCUUAUCGAAAAUUUAAUUCGGGAUGUUCCAGAGGAACUAUUUACGAAAAACAAAAUUGAGAUGUUACAGCUGGAUUAUAACCAAGUAGAAGAACUUCCGGAUGCUUUCUAUGGGGUUAAUUCAACUGUAGAAAAACUAAUGUUACGUUCUAACCCCCUUAAAUGCGAAACAGUUGAAAAGUUGUUGGAAUUUAGUGAAAAAAGUGGAUCCUCUUGUUUUUUAGAUCAAGAUUGUUAUACUAGGUGUCGUCUAAACUAA